AUGCUUUUUAUUUUCCUUAUCCAUUUUGAAUUUCUUCACGUUUCCAUCUUUUUUCUUUCUUUUUUCUUACUCUUCUCUUUUUCUUCUCUUUCUUUUCUCUUUUUCUUUCUUUUCUCUUUCUUUUCUCUUUUUCUUUCUUUUCUCUUUUUUUUUUCUUUUUUUUUUCUUUCUCUUUUUUUUUUUUUUUUUUCUUUUUUUUUUUUUUCCUUUUUCUCUUCUCUUUUUUUUCCUAUUUUUCUCUUCUCUUUUUUUUCCUAUUUUUCUCUUCUCUUUUUUUUUCCUAUUUCUUUCUUCUCUUUUUCUUCUCUUUUUCUUUCUUUUCUCUUUCUCUUCUCAUUUUCUUUCUCUUCUUUUUCUUCUCUUCUCCUUUCUCUUUUUCUUUCUCUUCUCCUUUCUCUUCUCUUUUUCUCCUCCUUUUCUCACCUUUUUCGUUUUCCUUUCUCUUUUUCUCUCUUUCUUCUCUCCUUUUUUUCUUUCUCUUUUUCUCUCCUCUUGUCUUUUUCCUUUCUCUUCUAUUUCUUAUUUUCUUUUUCAAUCUUCACUUUUAAUUUAUUAUAUGUCUUCUAUUUUCAUCGCCUUUUUAUGAUCGAUGAUUUACCUCCUCCCCUUUUGUUCUCCUCCUCCUCCUCUCAUUUUGUUGUUGUUCUCUUUGGUUAUUCUUCUUCUCCUCCUCUUUUGUUCUUCUCUUUCUCUCCCUUUUUUUCUUUUCCUCGUUUGCUGUUCUUUUGCAACCCCGUUUUCAUUUUCUCCUUCUUCGUUUUUUUUUCCAAUUUCUUUUCCUUCUCCGAUUUCUUCUUUUCUUUGUCCGUUUUCUUCUUUUUCUCCUUCUUUCAUUCAUUAUAUUCUUUUUCUUCUUCUUUUCUUCCUUUUUUAGAAUUCCUCCGUUUUUUUAAUUUUUCUCUUCCUCCCACUUCUCUUUUCUUUCCCUCAUUCAUUUCCUUUUUUUCACUCCAGCUUCAUUUUAUCCUCUUUUUCUUUUCUACAUAUUUUCCUUCACCUUCAUUCCGCCUUUUUCUUCUUUUUAUUCUCAAUCUUUCCCCCCCUCUCUUUCUCUCUCUCUCUUAUCUAAUCCCCUUUACGUUUUCUUUCCUUUUGCUUCUCGCUCUUUUUCUUAUAUUUUUUAACUUUGCAUACCUUUUCUUACUUUCCCUUCUGUUUUAA